CAAGCCUAAGCUGCGUCACCAGCCCCUGUUCUGUCUAUGGCAGUUGCCUAUUAGUCAUAGGCAUACUAGAAUCUCGUAUAAGACCGAUGCCUUUCUUCUAAGGCUGGUUAGUGUAUCUAUCCUUCAUCAACAUCACUAUCAUCCUUAUACUAUCAGGAUACUAUUUUGCAGUUAUCCAAUAGAUCCUACAAGACUUCAAUACCAACUAUCUCAUUGCCUGCAUUAUAAACCCGUAACGAAAAACUUACAUCCUUAUAAAAAUGUGCCAAGAUUGCUAUCGAAAGUCAGCGGCAGCUGUCUCGAUGUCUUUGGCGAUGACAAACCCAGAACUCAUCUGGCCACAUCACCAAGACCAGAAGAGACAGCUAGCCGAUUACCAGUCGUCGAAAGCGCAAACACAAGCAAAAACACAGUCAGACGUCAAACCCUCAUCUGCCUCAACUUACUCAGAGUCUACCACAUAUUCGUACGACAAGGAAAAGAGUCACGGCGAUACCAAGCAAAAGCGGUCGAUGCGCCAACGAAUUAAAGAGACCCUCAAAGACAUGGGGAACUCGCCUACAGCAAAGUAUGAUCGAAAGCAUGGCCAGAAGACCGAAGACCUGACGACUGACUACGGUCUGAUGAGCUCGAGUACACAGGGAAGGAAGUGAGGUGAAAAACGAUGAGGCUAUACCAAACAUCUGCCUUGAUGUGAUCUGCGGCCUGGAUAUAUGAGCCGGGUCUGCUAAGGGGUAUAGGUUCCAGGUGGUUUGCUUAAUAAUGAUAAUGAGAUUCGGGUUACUCGUGGGGCUCGGUCUAUAGGGCCAGGAUGGAUCCCUUGGGUGAAGAUAGGGGGACUAGGACAUCUGCGGUAAAACAGAUGUGUGCACUUGUGUUGGAAUUGGAUGGAUACCAAAGAUUGAAAUUAAUGCCAACGGCUUCGUAGUAAUGUUGAAGACGAUCUUGGCUGGGCUGGAUGAGUAGGAUACACUUUUAGGACAGUCGCUUAAUACCAUUUUCAGUCUCAAACCUCUA